AUGGCGUGGAGACCAAGGAGGAAGGGAAAAGAGGUGACUGAGAAAGCAGAUUCACAGACGGAUGAAGAGAUCUCCAAUUCUAUGGGCAGCUUUCAGCCUGUGGCAAUGGAGAACCCUAAGUCGCCAGCGAAGUCAAUUGAGGUAAGUAGCCCUAAAUUGACUACUGUACUGCCUUUCUUAAAUCAUGAUAUCAUGCUGGAAUCGAUUUGUGCUACUAAGAUUGUUGAAAUUGGAGAAAGUAAUGGAUUAGGGAAGGAGUAUAGCAAUCAGGGGAUAAUUGACGAUAGGGGGAAUAAUGGAAAGAAAUGGAUAGAUCUGUGUAAAUUGUCAAUAGAAUACAUAGAGCCUGUCACUGUUGAUAGUUGGAAAAUAUGUAGAAUGCAAAUUCUUGAUCAAGUAUGGUCAUCAAGGCAAGCUCCUGAAAAGAAGCCCGAAUCAAGCAAACCAGAUUCAUCAGUAAAAGAGACUGAACAGCCAACAGAAACAGUUAUGGAGGAACUGGAUGCCUGCUUAGGUCUCAUGCAGGAAGUGUACAGUGAUCAGAAUAUACGAGAAAUUCUAAGGCCACAGUUUGAAAAUAGAGAAAUGUUGAUCACUGCUCAGAAGGCUAUGGAUGAUACACAACCGCAGGAAAGAUCUUAUCUCGCUGCAUUGUCUGCUAAGGUGAUUGUGAACAAGGAAGACAUAAGGGAACACCCAGAUCACGUACUUGAUACCGAUAAAAAACCAUUCCAACGUAUUUACAAAGUGGCAAAACUGGCAGCUCAGUGCAUAGCUCGGAACCCAAAUCAGAGGCCAACCAUAGUGCAAGUUGUCUUCGUUUUACCUAUGGUAAACAAUGAAUUGAAACCUUUUCUGCUCCACCAAAUCCAAGCGGCUAAUACCACAACAAUGAGCACCACAAUGCCUCCGCCGGCAGAGAGGUUGAAGAAAAAGUUGUUCGGUGGAGGUGGAGAUGACAUUUGGGAUGGUUGUUUUUUUCUGAAAUUUAGGUAG